CGCGCCCACACGCGCUCCGGGUUCACUCACUGCACGAUGGCGGAGGGAGGCGGACCCGAGUCGGGGAACGCUUCGGACCCUGAUGCGGAGCCCGGGCCGGCUCAAGCGGCGGUACCUUCUAUCGACAGUCAAAAACAGACGAUAGGAUCAUCGCUGAAGACCACACUGCGAAAGGGAGAUGAAUGGUUUUUGAUCGACAGCAGGUGGUUCAAACAGUGGAAAAAAUAUGUGGGCUUUGACAGUUGGGAUAUGUACAAUGUUGGAGAACAUAAUCUAUACCCAGGACCCAUUGACAACUCGGGACUGUUUUCAGACCAAGAAACCCAAGCGCUAAAAGAUCAUCUUAUAGAUGAAUUAGACUAUGUCUUGGUGCCCACAGAAGCUUGGAAUAAGCUUGUUAGUUGGUAUGGCUGUCUGGAGGGACAGAAACCUAUUGUCAGGAAGGUGGUUGAGCAUGGGAUGUUUGUGAAGCACUGUAAAGUGGAAGUCUAUCUGUUGGAGCUGAAUCUGUGUGAGAAUGACAACAUGGACAAUGUGGUUACACGCCAUUUCAGCAAAGCUGAUACCAUUGAUACAAUUGAAAAGGAGAUGAGGUCUCUUUUUAACAUCCCAUCAGAAAAAGAAACUCGAUUGUGGAACAAGUACAUGAGCAACACAUACGAGCAGCUGAACAAGCCUGACAGCACUGUUCAGGAUGCUGGGCUUUUUCAGGGCCAGGUGCUUGUAAUUGAAAGGAAGAAUGAAGAUGGCACAUGGCCCAGACAAGCCUCUCAUACCAAGUCCAGUACAACCACCUCUAGGACUUUUACUACGUCACCGAAAUUCUCUUCCAAUUCGUCUGCCACUAUUUCAUCCACAGUGACCAAUGGAGACAGCAGCAGCAAUUCUAGUUACAUGCUAAACAAUAGCACUUCUUCUGGUAACCGGUUGGGAGGAUACAACUCCUACAGCUCGUCCUACAGUUACAGAGAAUCUGCUUCACAGCCUGGCCUCUGUGGCCUUAGUAAUCUGGGCAACACCUGCUUCAUGAACUCUGCACUGCAGUGCUUGAGCAAUUCACCGCCCCUAACAGAAUAUUUUUUGGAGGACCAGUAUGAAGCUGAGAUCAAUCGGGAGAAUCCGUUAGGCAUGCGAGGAGAGAUUGCUGAGGCCUAUGCAGACUUAGUUAAACAGAUGUGGCUUAGCCGAAGCAGCUAUGUGGCUCCCCGCACUUUCAAAACACAGGUCGGACGCUUUGCCCCCCAGUUCUCAGGGUACCAACAGCAGGACUCUCAGGAGCUGCUGGCCUUUUUGCUGGAUGGCCUGCAUGAAGACCUUAACCGUGUCAAGAAGAAGCCUUACUUGGCCCUAAGAGAUGCAGAGGGCCGGCCUGAUGAGAUUGUAGCUAAAGAGGCCUGGACAAACCAUCGGCUCCGAAAUGACUCCAUCAUUGUGGAUAUCUUUCAUGGCUUGUUCAAGUCUACCUUAGUCUGCCCUGAGUGCUCCAAAGUGUCUGUGACUUUUGAUCCUUUCUGCUACCUCACGCUGCCCCUGCCCAUGAAAAAGGACCGCACCAUGGAGGUGAUCCUGGUUUGUGCCGACCCUCUAUCCAGACCCACAAAAUACCGUGUAGUUGUCCCGAAAAUAGGCACAGUGGCAGACCUGUGCAGUGCUUUGUCAAAACUGUCUGGAGUUCCUGCAGAGAAUAUGGUUGUGGCAGAUGUUUACAAUCAUCGUUUCCAUAAAAUCUACAGAAAGGAUGAAGGUUUAAACCACAUUGUAGACAAAGACAUCAUCUUUAUCUAUGAGGUGUUGGAGGAGGACAGUGAGCGAAUGAAUUUGCCAGUGUACUUCAGGGAGAGACACAUGAAGCACAGCGGAGGCUCUUCAGGCACCAUGUUGUUUGGGCAGCCUCUCCUCGUCACUGUUCCUCGCCACAAUCUCUCCCAAGACACAUUGUAUGAGCGUGUACUGGAGAGAAUCGGGCGCUAUGUGAAGCGUUCACAGGGCACUGUAGUGGACAGCAGAGCUUCUGCUUCAGCCACUUCUUGUAACAGUAGCCACUCAGUGGAUUGUGGAGUUUCAGCGUCCAAUCACAGUGCAGGUGUGAGCAGCUGUAGCAGCCCAAUGUCCGAUGGAGCAUCCUGUAGUGCUGGGUCUACCAAUGGAAGCAGCAGCCACUCUGAAACCUGCAAUGGCCCCAAUGGAGUUUGUGAUGGUGAAGUUGAGGCCAUGGACCACCAAGACAGCCCAGAUCCCGAAAGCAGCCAGUCAGAAACUGUGGACGGAGAGGAUGAGGGCUCAGAGCCCGAGAAUGGUCCUGUUGGUAGUGUUGGGAAAGCGUCUCGACCCAAACUCUUUACUUUCAGUAUGGUGAACACCUAUGGCACAGCCAAUAUCAGUCCCUUACCAUGCGAAGGCAACAUCCUCAAACUCACCCCACAUUCCACAAUAGCUAUUGACUGGGAAGCAGACUCAAAGAGACUGUGCUAUGAUGACCAGGAAGCAGAGGCCUAUGAGAAGCACGAGAGCAUGAUGCAGGCACAAAAAAAGAAGACUACAGUGGCUUUGAAGGAAUGCAUUGAGCUAUUUACCACUAUGGAGACUUUGGGAGAGCAUGAUCCUUGGUACUGUCCCACCUGUAAGAAGCACCAGCGGGCUACAAAGAAGUUUGACCUGUGGUCUCUACCCCGCAUUCUGGUGGUGCAUCUAAAACGCUUCUCCUAUAAUCGCUGCUGGAGAGACAAACUGGACACUAUAGUGGACUUCCCCAUCAGAGAUCUGAACAUGUCUGAGUUUGUCUGUGACCCUAAAGCUGCGCCCUACGUCUAUGACCUCGUUGCUGUCUCUAACCACUAUGGAGGAAUGGGUGGAGGCCAUUACACAGCAUAUGCUAAGAAUAAGGUGGAUGGAAAAUGGUAUUAUUUUGAUGACAGCAGUGUGUCCUCGGCCUCAGAAGAUCAGAUAGUGACUAAAGCAGCCUAUGUACUCUUCUACCAACGGCGAGAUGGAGAACCUUCGUCAAGGUCUGCUCCAUCUGCAUCACUGGGAGGAGCAUCUGAAUCUUUGGAAGACACCAUGGACAUCAACUGAAGCUCAGUGCUCUUUUAAAGACUGGCACUAAAAAAAGCUGUCUGAAUGAAUAACCAACAAUGCGUCAGUGCACAUCCCAGAGUUUCUGGUGAUCUUUACCCGCCCCCAUAAAGGACUCUGAGGCCCUGUCUUUCCACGCUAUUUUAAUUUUCUUCACUAAUGUGCACAUCUACCAAGAGCCAAGAAGUAUGUUGUAUGAACAAAAAAGAGAAAAGAAUGAAUCAAUAAACAAAAAUUUUAGUUUGAAGCGUGAUAUGACAGAUGUUCUCCUGGACCUUGUUGCCUGCUGAGCUCAUUUGUUUAGUUUAAAGAGGUGGAGAAUAAUGCAGAUAUUCAGCCUCUCGCUGAACAUUUAAGAAUGUUAAGUUGCCUAAAAUAUUGUGAGGCGCAUACUUUUCUGUCCCAGUGGAAAAGUGAAAAAGAAGCCAAAUGCAUUGUGUUGUAUCAACCAAAGUUGUAUACGUGUUGAUGGCAUUUGAGAUAGUGAGGAUGGAGGGAAAAAUGGCCUAGAUUAUAGACAGACAUUCUGUGAAAUGUAUGCAAACAAGUAUGUGUUCAAUUUUUUUUUUCCUCUCCAUGCUUACCCCUUGUACUCUGAAGGUGUUUUGUAUUAUGUGCCUCUCGUGAGGAAUAGAUUCUUCUCUGAAAAAAUGCUUGUUUGCAUAAUCUCACAUUCUAGACAGGAAGAUUUUGUUUGACUAGACUAUGUCAACAUUUCUAUGCCCAACCAUAAGGCUUUCAGCUUAGUGCAGUGACACAUUUUUGCAAGCAUUCAUUUACAUAUACUUCAGUUUAAGGCUUUAUCUUUAAAGCCUGGGGUAGAUCGUAAAGGCUAAACUUGAGUAAGUUAUGUGGUGAGAUUGAUUAUACUGCUGAUCUUUUAUUAUUGUGCUGCUCUCUCUGAUACGUUAGCACUAGCGGCCUUUCUGCCCCAAGAACUGUUAAAAGGGGGCUUGUGUGAGUGGAUUUAGUUUUAAACUUUAAAAGGUGGUACACAUACAUGUCUUGCUUGAAACAAAACAGGUCUGAGGUUUAUCACAUGGCAUUUUAUUAGUUGAGAUCACAUUUAUAUGCUUCAGAAUCUUCCAGGUUGGCAGAUAUUUAAUAGAAUUUUUUUUUGCAGGUUUCUCCUGUCUUUGAAAGGCAGACAGACAGGAGCAUCGAGCCACUGCUCGAAAGUGGUGCUAAAUUUGAGACUUUAAAAGGCUACAGUUCUAGGCACAGAUUGAAUAUCCUGCCCUGGAAACUUGAGGCCAAUGCUAGAAUCAAGAAAACUUUACACAGUCAGUGACUACAAUGCUACUCUGCCCUAUCUGCUACUUUGUGGUGAAUUUGCCAUGUUAUUGGUUGUGGCAUUACUUCGCUUGUUUAACGACUCUUACUUAUGUGAACACGCUUAACACUGGGAGGAUUACUGAAACGUCUUUUCCUCCCUAUUACGAAUGAACCAAAACAGUCAGUAUGCAUCAUAUUUCGUGUGCUUUUCUCUUCUGUGGAAUAGCGGCAUGCAAAAUGGUUGUUGGUCGGUCCCCAUCUGCUUCUCUCUUUUGGGUCUGUCAGGCUGUGACAAGUACAUGCUUGAUACCCUGCUCUAAACUGACAUUGAACCUUGAAUUAUGACAUACUGGCCAAUGCACUUUUUUACCUGCCACAUUUACUGAAAUAGCAUACAUUUUAAAAAUCAUUUUGAGAGAUGUUGCAUAGAUGUAAAUAGUCAUGUACUAUCUACAGAAUAGGAUACAUAACUUCUUUGUGUUCUGAUAUUUAUCAUGGCAAUAUGUGCAACCCUGGAUUUUGAAAUCAUUUAAAUGAAAAAAAAAAAAAGACAAUAAAGAAUUGAAGCCUGA